CCGAAGAUCCAAUGGUAUCAGCAUGAGCCAUCUUCUGAAGUGUUAACUGCAAACGCUUUAUAUACCCAUUGAUCCGUUUCUCAAUUCUCUGCAAAAAAACUCACUCAAAAUACUGAUAAAUUAACGAGAGAAAGAGAGAGGGAGUGGUGGUCCAAAAAAAAAUGGAGAACCAUAACUCCUCUUUCUCUAACUUAAAAUCUUACCUCCGAGCACUUUCCGAUACCCCAAACCGGUUAGCUCGCCGUGCCGGUUCAGUUUCGACUUCUUUCGAAGAAACAAGCCGAGUCAGAGCCCGGUCUGGUGGAGAUAUGAAACGGAGUCUCCAGUGGUACGACCUCGUCGGAUUUGGCGUCGGCGGUAUGGUUGGCGCCGGCGUCUUCGUUACUUCCGGUCGUGCUAGCCGUCUCUGUGCUGGUCCCGCUGUUGUCCUCUCUUACGCCAUUGCUGGCUUUUGCGCUCUUCUCUCUGCUUUCUGUUACACUGAGUUCGCCGUUGAUAUGCCUGUUGCUGGCGGUGCCUUCAGCUAUAUCCGUAUCACUUUUGGUGAAUUUCUAGCGUUUUUGACUGGUGCGAAUCUAAUAAUUGACUACGUAUUAUCAAAUGCUGCGGUGGCAAGGAGUUUCACUGGAUAUUUAUGUACAGCUUUGGGCAUAGAAAGUAAAUUGAAAAUCACCGUUAGUGGAUUACCCAAAGGAUUCAAUGAGAUUGAUGUUGUUGCUGUCUUAGUUGUUUUAGCCCUCACCGUAAUCAUCUGCUACAGUACACGAGAGAGUUCGAUGUUGAAUAUGGUAUUAACGGCGUUACAUUUAGUGUUCAUAGUAUUUGUGAUAGUAAUUGGAUUUACGAGAGGUGAAACGAAGAAUUUUACAAAAGCAGGGGAUCAAAAUCAUGCGAGUGGAUUUUUUCCAUUUGGAGCUUCGGGGGUGUUCAAUGGGGCAGCAAUGGUGUAUUUGAGCUACAUCGGAUACGACGCCGUUUCAACAAUGGCUGAAGAGGUCAGAAAUCCAGUCAAGGAUAUACCUGCUGGCGUCUCGGGUUCCGUUAUACUCGUGACAGUUCUUUACUGCCUCAUGGCUGCUUCUAUGUCCAUGCUCCUCCCUUAUGAUAUGAUUGAUCCAGAUGCGCCAUUUUCGGGGGCAUUUAUGGGAUCAGACGGCUGGAGAUGGGUAUCUAAUGUGAUAGGUGUAGGGGCCGCUUUCGGUAUUCUAACAUCUUUGUUAGUGGCGAUGUUGGGACAAGCUCGAUACAUGUGCGUGAUCGGACGGUCCAGCGUGGUUCCUGCUUGGUUUGCUAAGGUCCAUCCUAAGACAUCAACGCCUGUUAACGCUUCCGCUUUCCUCGGAAUUUGCACAGCAGCAAUAGCCCUUUUCACUGAUUUACAAAUACUACUGAACCUUGUAUCAAUCGGGACACUAUUUGUGUUUUACAUGGUAGCAAAUGCUGUUAUCUACAAACGUUACGUCUCAGUUGGAGUAACAAACCCAUGGCCUACCCUGUCAUUCCUUUUUUGCUUCUCUUUAACUUCCAUCUUAUUCACCCUUUUAUGGCAAUUUGCACCACCAGGCAAGCCCAAAGCCUUAAUGCUUGGUGCUUGCACAGCUAUUGCCAUCGCUGUAUUACAACUAUUCAACUAUAUGGUACCACAAGCGCGAAAACCUGAGUUUUGGGGUGUCCCAUUAAUGCCAUGGAUUCCUUCCAUAUCUAUCUUCCUCAACAUAUUCUUGUUGGGUUCACUUGAUAGGCCAUCCUAUGUUCGAUUCGGAUUCUUCUCAGGACUUGCUGUACUAUUGUAUGUUUUCUACAGUGUUCAUGCAAGUUUUGAUGCUGAGGAAGAUGGGUCUCUUAGUCAAAAGAGCAUUGAACUUGUGAAGGAAUCUAUUGAAAACCAGGACCAUACUCUCAAAGUGUAAAAAUGUUCUCUUUUAGCUGACUUUUUCUUUAGUUAUGACUUUUAAUUUUUAACUUUUUGGGAGGGGCUUACUGUUAUGGAUAUUUUAACAAUAGAAAUGGGAGAGGAAAUAUAGGCUGCAAGAUUUUGCAGUGAGCAAGUUGUAUAGUUUGUUUCCAUUAGUGGGUUCAAGUUGUGACUUGCGAUCCCUUGUAUAUUUUUGAGUUGGUUAAUUCAGUCAACUGUUGAUGCUACACAA